AUGGCGUUCCUUCGAGGAAGCUCCAUCUACUGUAUAAAGAAAGAAGAGAUUGAUAUAUCUAGACGAAUAACUUUCAGCAGUAUAUGCAUCUCUACAGCAACGAUAUCUUCUUUCGGAGCUAUUGUUCAGCUUGUCAACUGGUCGAAAAGAAUGCGCCUUUCAGAUCGGGAGUCGAGAAGAGUCCCUUCUCCUACGCCGCAUAUCGUGUUUUCGCUUGCAUUGGCAGAUUUGUUCACAUGUGUAGGUGAGAUCCUUGAGUAUUAAUCACCGACCGUCAUACGAUCAUUAGUGUAAAGAUUUAUUUUUCUUACAAGAUUGCCUUGCUGACCAAAAUCACCCGAAGAUCAGAAUUUAUUUAAGUAGCAUAUUGCCGGCGGAUACAAAGCAUCUGUUUGUUGAAAAACCAAACAGAUUCAUAACUAUGGUGUGACGAUGUCAACUUUUCAUUAACAGAUGACAAAUGGUUUUACUAAAUACCGACAUCUUGUUUUACGUCAUACCGACAUCUCGUGUAAAUCAGCUGAUUUGGAUCAAAGAACAAAGAAAUCUUACAAUCCAUGACCAAGAACUUAUUAUCGUUAUCAUUAUCAUUAUUUUAUUUGUUUUCCUCUCUAUUCGCCUUUCUGUAAUUCCCCAUAUCUAUUCACCAUGCUAUAACUAACACUCAAGGAAGAAAAAUUCAGACUGUACCACUGAAGUUUGAACUCAAAACCGUCUAAUUUAUUUAUUUCCACAACACCACCCAAGGACAAGUUGCAAGUUCCCUGAUCAUGAUUUUUCUAUAGAUUAUAUAUAAAAAAAUAUUUUCUUUCAGUAUUAUAGUUAUGUUAAUGAUAAUAUACCUGCAGAGUUCAAAAGAUAUCAAGUUUACUUGAAACGUUUCAUCGAGGGUCAAAGAAUAACAAAAUUUGACACCAUUUUGGAAUAAAUAAGCUGCAUGAAACAUUCAAUUUUGUUUUCUUUCCAGGUGCUAUUUCCAUGUCAAUAUUACUGCUCACAUUAAUGCUUCCUUCUGAAACACCACUAAAACCAUUCAGUGAGUCGUAUGUUGAUUUUGCUUUACCAAUUGAGGUACAGUCUUGUGACAAUGCUUUUUAUGUUCCUUAUAUAGUGCUUGCAAGAAAUACUUUCAAUUUAAAGGGACUGGGUCUGUUUAUGGAUUGUCUUAAUGUGCCUAUAUAUUUUUUUGGGAGGGGGACAGUUUUGGGAGCUUUGAAAGACUUUAGUUUUUGAAGAAUAAAGUGGCUUGAAUGCUUUAGGGAUGGGUUAUAAAUGUUUUGUACAGUCAAUAAUAAUAAUAAUAAUAAUAAUAAUAAUAAUAGAAAUAACAAUAAUUAUAUAAUUUCUGUUAUUAUUGUUAAGAAGUAAUUAGUUAAUAUAUAAUAAUUGUUUAUGUGUGACUGACUGUUAGGCCUCUCUAUGGGAGAUCUGAGAGGGAAUGAAGAUAAGAAUUCCUGCCCCUCUCCCUCUUCUGCCUUUCAAAUCUCCUCUUUCUUAACCCUUAAGCUAGGCAAAGUACUUAGGGUACUAGAGCGGUUUUCACUUGACUGUCGAAAGGGAUUGGUUUUGGUUUUGGUUUUGGUUUUACUACGCCCUUUGGUUGGCUAGUGUAUUUACUUUGGUUUUGGUUUUAUGACAGUCAAGUGAAAACCGCUCUAUAUUUCCGUGAAUAAGCGCCCAGGCGCUUACUUCAAAAUAAUAAUUUUUUCUAAAAGGAUGUUCUCUUAUUCGAAGGAGGGCACUUAAUUAUGUUUUCCUUAAAGAGAACUAAAGAACAUGGUCUAGUUUUUCCUGGGAAGUUUAUGGCCUUAACCAAGAGCAUGGUGGAAAUGAGACAAAAAUUGAAAGAAUAGGUGACGCACACAUACAGGAACUCUGCAAGCAAGAUUUUACUGGAAGUGUCUUAACGGAAAAGAAACUAUUUUCCUUUACAGAUUCUGAUGUAAUCGAAGCCUAAAAGGUUAACUAAAGUGGCAAAAGAAGCUUGUUUUCCAUCUAUCCCUAUUAUUUAUUUAAGUAAGGGGGAGGGGAGGGGGGUGCUUAUUUGAUAUUAUGGCCUCAAGGGUGGGCGCUUUUUUGGGGAGGGUGGGGUGUGCAUGGACGUUUUUUCGAGGAAUUACAGUAUGUACAAAUGUCUAGACAUUCUGCCAUUGCAAACCAAAAGUUAAUCAUCCUGAAAAGAUGCUUUCAAUAAUUUUUCUUUCUGUCAGUUUUUAUUGAUGAUUUUUUUACUUUCUUUCAAUUCAAUUUCAGUCAUUCACAAUGUUUUCAUACAUUUGUUCCUACCUGUGGACACUGUUUUACUCCAUUGAUAUCUGCCUUCAAGUUCAUAAUAGUGCUACAAGGUAAAGAGCUUUUAGUUAGCAGCCAUAUUUUUUUCAAUGUUAGCUGAAAGAUUCCAUAUACCCAAGGAAAGCGUGAUCUAAACAGCAAGUCAGUUUCUUUGUCAAUUUCACACGGUCUAUAGAAUCGUAGUGAUGAUAUGUUGUGUCAGAUUUUCAGCCCUUGAAUCAAAUGCUAGAGCUUCCACGGGUGAAUCUUGAAGUGAGGAUGAGUAAAUACUAAAUGUUUUAUAUAUUGUCACAUUGGUUUGUAGAUUCAACAGUGCAGCAUAUCAUUUGAUGUCAUGGCCAUUGGCAGCUUGGCUUGUAAUAUGUGUUGAGGUUGCAGUAUAUAUGACUGAUCCAGUAAAGUAAGAAUAAAUUAUGGUAUUAUUUUGAUGUUGGUCUAAUCUCUAUCACAGUGUGGAUUGUGACUUAACUUAGCUAAAAAAAUGUUUUGAAAGUUUAAGCUCAAGUUUCACAUGCUUGAGCUGAGUUAUCUGGUAGGGGUGAUGAAUGGUCCAUUAAAAUUUUUAACUGUUCACAAAAUUUUACCUUUGCUCGAUUUGCUCGCAAAAUUUAAACGAGUGCUCGGCAUGCUCGCGAAUACUUGCAACGACCAUUUGUCACCCCUUCUGGUCACUGGUUGUUUUGAGUUAAAGUCGUUUGGAUACAAGUUUAUUCAGUCAAGGUGUAAAUUUUUCACGUUGGUUUAAAAAAUGAAGAAUACUCACCCAAAUUAAAUCAAAGUGUUUGUCUUGUUCAUGUGCAAUUGCAAAAUCUUUGACUCAGUGCAAUUUCACUGCUUGAAUUCAUAUUGAAACAACUUGUGUCAAGACGACUUUACUUUGAGCUGUUGAGAAUAGUUCUGUUUAAAAUAGUGAAGGUAUAUAUAAACAGGUAUACGUAACAGCGCUGAAGGUUCAGAAAUUGGUGUGAAAGUGAAGGACUAUAUUAAAUUAAUUUGAUCACUUGAUGGCUCACAAACAUCUCCCAUCCACCCUCAAUUUUCCUUCUGCUUUUGGAGGUUUUAAUUUUAAUAAAGGGCGAAUUCUUUUUGGUUUUCAGUUGCUCCUAUGGUAACAUAGCACUCCUACAUUAUGCAGUUUGCUUUGUUCCUCUGUUCCUAGUAAUGGUGUCUCUUCCUUUCAUUUACUGGAAAGCUUAUCGAAAAGGUAGUUAUUAAGAAACUAAAAAAAAAAUAACUUAAAUAAGUCUUAUCAGGGCUGUCAUUCAGGGCCCUGGGAUUUCUCCUGACUACUACAGUGCAGGGGCGGAUCCAGGAUUUUUUUUUAGGAGGGAGUGCACUUGUCUCUUAUCUACUUCAACGCCAAUAAACCACAUAGUUCUUUUUUUUUUUUUUGCAGAAUACCAGUUGUAUUAGAAAACCGCAGGUCAGGGGUGGGGGGGCGCGCCCCCACCCCCCUCCCUAGAUCUGCCCCUGCAGUGUACCCAUUGCCAGAUCCAGACCUUGAGAUAAGUAAGGGGGGGGGGGCAGUCUCCAAAAAAAAAAUAAUUUUUUGGGCCCUUUGGGCCUUAGUUAAGUCGAAAAAUAAGAGGAAGUCCAGGCCCUUGCACCCCUUCCCUAAAUCUGCCGCUGGUAUCAGAGCAUGAUUCCUACUUAUUUCAAAGGGAACAAAAGGAAAAUGGAGGAGGGACUCCUAUAUGAAAGGGGCUUGUCAGAAAUUUUGAAUUAAACCCCUUAAGGAAACCAAUCUGGGCAUGGCCCAACCCAUUUUGCCCCCUAAAAGAGACCAUUUUAAACUUGUAAGAAAACUAAAAAUGAAUAGAAAAUAUAUAAUUUUUUUAUAUUUCUUUGCGUGGCCCUAAAAAAGGCCUUUACAGCUAUAUUAUAAUGGUGUUUUGCUCAGAACUCCCUAAGUGAGACCAAAAUCUGAAAUCUACACCUCUAAGCAAGACGACGAACAUCCCUGCCCCUUUCAUAUGGGAGGCCCCCCCAGGCUUCCUCGUUGUUUAACCAGAAACUCCCUCUUAUAAGCUCUCCAGUUAUAGGCCUAUCUACAUAUAGUCUCCUUCGCAGCCGUUAUUAGGGUCGUCACUUGUCACGCAACGCUCCUCCCCACUAAUUAGUGGGCAGGAGCGUUGCGUGACGAGUGACGACCCUAAUAACGGCUGCGAAGGAGACGAAUCUACAUAGAGACUAAAAAAGUACAUCCAAUAAUUAUAUUAGCUCCCUUCAAAUUCAAUUAUUAUUUAUUGUGACAUUUUGAAGCAUAAUAAUUAAAAACACAGGCAGCAUUCCUUGAUGCUAUAUCGGGUUUUGAAGCACUUUUUUUAGUCUAUUCUGUCAUUAUCAGCGACCUCCAAUAUAAGCUCUGAAGCCCAGGGCAUAUAAGCAGCAGUUUAUACUUCACCUCAUGCAGCCCUGAGUCUGACUAAUUUUUACCAACUGAGUAAAAACAAUGAUGAUAAGGAUUUAUAUUAAUUUAUCACAAAUCAAAAUAGCUGAACUUUUGAAUCAUUUUGUAUAAUUUUGAAUUUCAAGGGGUUCCUGAAAAAAAGCUCUUUAAAAGCAGAGUAGCUUCCCAAAAAAAUGCCCUUUUGUUUAGGGUGUGUGUAAAUUAUCAUUAGCUGCCGACAAGAGUCUAUAUUAAACUUGGGCGCUAUAUAAUUAUGCUCCUCUCUGGUAUUAACGCUUUAAACCCUAACAUCAAAAUUCAAAUUCUUGUUUGUUAUCCCUAUACGUCUUCAACAGAAGUAGUGGGGAGAAUUUGUUGAAGUAUCAAUUAGGUUCAUCUUGUUUGAUCAUGUCCUUAAUUCUUAUGACCACUCUGUUUUAUUAAGAUGUGUUAUUAUAAGGAGAAAUUUGAUGCCCAUCACUCUUAGGGCUUAAAGGGUUAAGCGAGAACAUAUGGUAGCUUAUAUGUUCAGGGGCGGAUCUAGGGGGAGGGUGCAGGGGGUGCACACCCCCCCUGAGAUGACCUGCAGUUUUCUAAUACAACUGGUAUUAUGCGGAAAAAAAAAACUAUGUGGUUUAUUGGUGUUGAAGUAGAGCAAGAGACGAGUGCACCCCCUCCCCCCUACAAAAAAUCCUGGAUCCGCCCCUGAUGUUAAUGUGUUUGUUUGUUUUCCAGUGUCUCAGAAUAUGAAAAGAACAGGCUAUUUUACAGAUACUCAGAGAAAGGCGCAAAAGUCCGUUAGGAGAAGAUUUCUUUUAAUAGUCUUUGUCUUUGCUUUGUGGUAAGUUUACACAGUAUCUCAAAUUGUGAAAAUUGUAAAUAAAAUUGUUCACAGAGAAAUUCCACUAACUUUUAUAAUGGAGGCUGGUGGAUGUGAUAAGGUCCUUUUAGGGACUUGCGAUAUAAUCAUUAAUUCUUGUUUUCUUUUACAAUUUAUUCAAGGCAAAUUCAGAAGGAGAAUCUAGCUGUUGAUCAUGCAAACCUCAAAAUUGAAAGAAUGAUGCCCAUCUCUCAUUACAGUCAUGAUUUUUGAUUAAUCAUGACUGUUAUAUUAUGUGUUAUUUGCUUUUUUAAUAUUCUCACAUGUACUGCUGCCCACCUACAUGUAAUGGCUAAUAUAUGCAUAGACCUGAGACUUGGCCAGAUUUCCAUAUCUCAGAUUCUGAUUGGAAUCAGAGAGGCAGUGGUUUUGAUUUUAGUCUUCAAUGGUAUGACACUGAAAAACAUUCAUAAAGUGCCCUAAAUUAAAUUGUGUUGAUGAGAAGCUGUUGAAAUAGUAUUUUUAGCUCCAGUUCUAAGCCACUACCCAGGAAAAUUGGGGUUAAAUUAUUCACUUGUAUGAAGGUCCAAAUAAUAUUCUGUUAUUAUUAUUAUUAUUUAUUUCAGCUGGAUGCCAAACUUUCUUGAUGGAUUUCACGAUGUGUAUGACUAUUUUAAAUACGAUGGUAGUCUAGAUCAGAACCCACAAAAGCACUAUCCCCUCUGGUUAAUCGAGGUAAGUAAAAUAUUAUUCUCCGAGAGACAGGAUAUAACAUGAUAUAAUUAGGUAUAAAGGCACAAGGCAAGCCACUGGACUCACUCAGCCAAUGAUUAUCCUGGUAACUUCUGUUAGCAUUAAACACCUAAAGGAGCAUUACGACUACCCUGGUAAUCGAUAACAGUUUACCCCCUCCCUCAAAGUUACAUAUCACCAGGGGUAACUCUUCAAUUCACCAGCUGGAUGAAGAGAGAUGAAGUGAAGGCCCUUAUCUGGUGAUCUGAAACAUUGUGAUGGCUAGGCUCAAACCCAGACCAAGAGAUGCAGUCUUUCAUUAUCAUGGAAUACUUUGAGUAAUAUAUAAUAAUUAUGAGAGAAGUAAAAUCCCCAUCGUGAGGGCCCAGCAUGUUUUUUUUGUUUGUCGCAACGGUGUGUUUACUAACUAAUCUAGGGGUUUUGAUUGGUAAGGACAGCUGUUUAGGUAGUUGUAUGUCUAUAGCAGAAUUUGUGACUCGUUUCCUCCAGUGCUUUUAGUUGGCUUGUUCAAACUCCAUUUUUGAGCAAAUUGUGUUAUUCUUCAAAUAAGCAAAAUGGUGAAAUGGAAGGUCAUAGGUUCAAUUCCUGUUUAUGCUUGUGACAUGUUGACAACUUUACCAUCUUUCUCCACAUAUCAAGCGUCUCAGAUAGCCAGGCUCUCAGACAGUAGGGACAUCACAAAGAUAAAACAAGCAAAAUGAAAAUAAGAUGUACAUGAUCUGGGAAGCCUCCUCCCUCCCCAGCUUCAGCGCAUUUUUUGCAUCAUUUUUUACCGAAUGAGUGCACAUUACUAUCUUGGAGCCUGGAACAGGCUGUUAUUUUGCUGGACAGACUCUUAAGCUCUGAUCAAAAUCCAUGCAUUUAAUGGCUGAAAGGAAUUUCAUUUUACUGCGCUUUUCAUAAACAUGCGAACUAUAAAGUUCAAAAGCUGCCUUCGCGAUUGCGUUUUUCGCUGCCGUCAAUCAUAAUUACGAUCACAAGCAACGAACCUUGAAACACAGAAACACACAAAACAGAUCGAAAUCCACCAAUCACAAAUCACAACCUUGACCUUUUGAACCUGCUAAAGUAAAGUUUUGUUUCCUAAGAGGUCCGUUAAGAUGAUUGACGGCAGCAAAAAACGCAAUCGUCAGUUGGCUUUUGAACUUCAGAAUUCGCAUGUUUGUGAAAAGUGCAGUAAGGGCUAUGUGGCUGAAUGGUGGCAGUUCUGAUUUUUUUUUUACUUCACAGGCAUCAAUCAACCCCCUGCAAGGAUUCCUCAAUUGUCUAGUUUAUGGACAGCACAGGCCAUUUACAGCUUGUUGUACCCACAUAUUUGGCCAUUGUCGUCAGGAGAACUACCCUCCCUGCCCUCCAGAUGAUUUUGAAGAACGAAAUAAAGCCUUAACAAUUAACUCUUUGUCAGGGUCAGUUAAGAUUCCAGUGAGUGAGAUUUCCCGGUUACUUACUGGAGGAUCUGAGAGAGGUACACCACCUCUACGCACUCCACCUGUACAAAGUCCAGGCAGACCAUUUACUGCGAGGUUAUUGGGAGAGUCAAGAUACUCCAGUUAAGCCAGUAGUAACAUAAUUAUCUUCUUAUUACAAAAAGUGACUGGCGUGCGGUGCAGGCGUAUUUUGGACGGGCGAAAGCGUAUUUUGGGCGAGUGAAAGCUGCUUGGUUAUGUUCGUUUCGUUGUAACCGCCAUCUUUGAUGUUAUGAUGGAGGAAGAUUAGGUAGAGUAAAAAUAGUAACCCGUAGGGUAGGGGUGACUCGCCCCAUUUUCUCCUCUCUUUUCGAUUUUCAACAUGGCACUUUCGUUCGUGAGCAAAACAUUCGCACGCCCGAUGAAAACGCCAGCACUGCAGGCUAGUUCAUAAAUAACAAGAAAGCUGGCCUUCCAGAUAUCCGGAAAAGAAACCAGUUUUGUGUUUCACUUUAAUAAAGUCAAAAGCCAAAAAGUUUGUAAGCAUUUAAUUUUUCUUCUGAUGUCUGUAACAUGAGCCCCCUACGAAUUAAAAAUACUGAAAGAGGG